UGCCGUUUGGAGUUUGAGGUCGCACAACACGAGCUAAAACACACGUGAACGGACGUCAGGAAAGUUUGGGCGGCAGAUCUAGUCCGUCACGUUCAACCACCUCAACGUUUCUCCUCGCAAUCACCAGCAUGGAGGUCGGAGAAAAGCUGAAAGAGUUAAACAUGACAGUGGAUGAGACCGACAGACUGAUAAAAGCUUUCAAAGACGAGAAAUUCAGGGAAUUGCUGCGCGAUUACGCCCAAGAAAUAUCAGACCCCGAGAAUAAGAAAAGGUAUGAAGAGGAGAUCAAACUUUUGGAGCAGGAGAGAGGAAACAGCAUCGAGUUUAUCCACCCCAAACCAUUUAGGGCUCUCAAGACGAGUGUGAACGGCAAGCAGAAGUGUUUUAUCAACAUCUGUGCCAAUGAUAAAGUUGGAAAGCCUGAAUGUAAGUGUGGUGUGUCGGAGGAUGGCCGCACAGGGCAGCGCUGGUCCCUACCUCACAGUCUGCACCCGGGGAGACAGGACACAGAUCCAAAAGGGAACGCAAUCAAGAUCUAUGAUGUUAUUUUCCACCCUGACACUCUCCACAUAGCGAGCAAAAACAAGAGAUUCAUGGAUAUGGUGGACAGCACAGCCAUUCAGGGAAUCCAGAAUGCUUUUAAAGUGACUCUGGACAAAAACAAUGUGCGAGAGAUGAAUACCAAGUACAAGGGCACCCCUCUGCCUUGUGUCAUCCGAAAACCCAUACCUGGAUACAAAGCCAAGGAGCCCUCAGAGAAACCUGACCCUCUUGCCUUCCCAUACCCGGAUGAAAAAAGACCUAACACAUCCUCGGAAACCAGACCUACAGAUUCACCUGCAACGAAAGACAGCAGUGAUGCCAAACCUAAAAGCGUCCAAAUCCAGCCUCGGGAGAGCAACGAGCCAACCAAGCCCAACUACACAGUCAAAUAUCGAUCUUUUGUUGACCUGCAGGACUUUAGAUGCUCCAGAGACUCAGCCAGGAGCCCCAGGCCCAAAGAGAUAGUGGUCAUCAUCGACAUGCCGUUGCUGAAGUCCGUCACAGACACCAGCCUUGAGGUAAAAGAGAAAAGCCUGCUGCUGGACUCCAAGGAACCAGCUUACAGACUGGAGCUGCCUUUAGCCUACCCUGUGGAUGAAGACAAAGGAGAGGCCAAGUUCAACAAACAGAGAGGCCAACUGACAGUCACCUUGCCUGUUCUUCCAUCUGAGGCUUUUCAUUUUGCUACAGGGCCUGCUACGACUGUUAGUGACGCUCAGAGUGUAGGUGAUGAUGAAGGGACGGGGAGGGAAAACGAGGAGGAUAAACGGGAGGAGCGGGAGAGGGGAAGUAAGAAAGGCCAGGAGGAGCAAAGAGGUGUUGAGGAGAAGAAGGUGAAGGAGGAAAGAGAAGUUGAAGAGCAGGUUCUGAAGCAGCAGACAAGGGUAGAAAAAGAUGAAGAUGAAGGGGAGGAGCAGAUGAGGAAAGGCCAGGAAGGUGUAGAUAGGGAGGGAAGUGUAGUGGACGAGGAGGAAAAAUGGAAAAAGCAGGAGAGGGAAGGAGAAAAAAGCAAGGAAGUGGAAAUUGUUGCGGAGAAGGAGGCAAAAUGGAAGAAGCAGAACAGUAAAGGCCAAGAAAGUGUGGAGGAUGAAAGAAGAGUUGAGGAUCAAAAAAGGGACAAGAUUUAUGAAAGUGGAGUGGAAGAGGAGGAGACAUGGAAAGAGCAGAAACAGGAAAGCGAGAAAGAAGACGGAAAAGUGAUUGAAAAGCAGAACAUUUUAAUCACUGCUGAACACUCCUGUGGCACAAGAGAGGAGAGAGAAGUAGAGCUGAACUCGUGUUUGGAGUCAACACCCAAAAUGAAGACUUCAGACAUCCAAGAGACUGAAAAGACAAAAGAAAACGUACACGGAAAGGUGCAGCCGGAAGCAGAUUCUGCAUUUCUGAAUCAAACAUCCAGUGAGGAAUCCCACACUGCUGCUGCUGCUGCUGCUGAAUCUCCCCCACCAGCUAUGACGACCACAUCAAGCCACGACAUUGUAGAGGACCGCCGCGUUUCCCAGGGGACUGAAGGGCAUGCAACAGUUAGGGCAAAUGAGUCCAGCAGAGGGGUUUCAGACUCAGGAAAGCAGGAGGAGAGGGAGGACAUGGACGAGGAUGACCUGACAACAGAGCAGAUCUUCCAAAUCCCAGAGCACGACAACAAGCCUCCGCCUGCCUUAUUAAGAGAAAUUGAUAAAGAUGGAAAUGAAACAGUCAUCAGUGAUCAUUCCACUUCUGCUGGGUUCAUCUUCCAAAGCACCCUGAUGUUUGAGCUGGACUGAGGACUGUGUGCAAGAGUUGAGGGGCUUUUCUUGUAUUACAGAAGGGUUUAAAUGCAAGUGACCGCAGUUUAACGUCUGCAGUGUCUCAUACUACAGAUUGUUCAGGUAGACCUUUCUCUUCAGUCCAGACACAUAAAUCAUGUCAGUA